ACGACGCCAUUCUAACUCCCACACGCCGCGAUUGAAUUACUUGUUUGUUUCAAGAGACUGAAAUGGUGCUUCCAUCACCUGGACAUUGUUACUGUUGGUGUGUGACAGUAGCACCCAGCCACACUGCAGCACCACCAAGUGUUUAGUAUGCCUCAGGUGCCUCCUCUUCCUACUCGCAAGGACAGCCUGCAGAACCAUCCUCGCAGAACUCCACCUGUCCCCCAGUGGCCUCGAUAUUCUAGCCAUCAAGGCGCUAGAGCGAGGUCACAUCUGGAACUCUAUAGUACUCAAUCAGAAUCAACACACAAAGUAAUGACUGCAUCACCAGAAUCUCCAUCAGACCAGUUAACUGUGGAACCUUCAGACACCUAUGUGUUUGAAUCUAGAGCCCAUGCCAAAGAUGCAUUUAAAAUGUUGCAGGAGUUUUUUGGAGAACAAGAAAUGUGUGAUGUCGAGAUUAAAGUGGGCAACAAAUCCAUCAAAUGCCAUCGUGUAGUCUUGGCUUGCAUCAGUUUAUAUUUUCGAGCCAUGUUCAAGUCGGACAUGGCAGAAUCUCGCCUAGAGUGCAUCACAAUUCAAGAUCUUGAUGAAGGUGCCAUGGAAAACCUUAUAGAAUUUUGUUAUACAUCCAGAAUCAAGAUAACUACUGAAAAUGUCCAGCCAAUCCUAUUUGCAUCAUCUAUACUGCAGAUUGAGAGUGUUGCUGAAGCAUGUGCCAACUUCAUGAAGUCCCAUCUCCAUCCUUCAAACUGCUUAGAGGUACGCAAUUUUGCAGAAUUGCACAACCGUGUGGCGCUGAUGAAGAUGUCUGAUGAGUAUUUGGAAAAUUUUUGUGAUGUGGCCAAAACAGAGGACUUCUUCAAGCUACCAGUACAUCAGUUGGACACCUACAUUGCUUCUGAUCAUCUUAAUGUUGACAACGAGAGCUUUGUCUAUGAGGCUCUGAUCAAGUGGAUUAAACAUGACACAGAACACAGACGAGAGCAUCUGCCACGGCUUAUGGCCAGCGUACGGCUUGCACACCUGAGCUUAACAUAUUUGAUGGAAACAGUAGAAAAAGAGGAACUUGUUCGUCGAAGCUUAGAGUGCCGUGACUUUCUGGAUGAGGUCAAGUAUUUCCAGAUGUCUCAGGUCAGCCUUGUGCCUAACGUGAAUGUGUCUCAAAGAACAAGACCUCGAUUAGCAUAUGCAGGUGUGCUAUUCUGUGUUGGAGGGAGAGGUGCGACAGGAGACCCUUUCAAAACAGUUGAGUGUUAUGACCCUCGCAAAAAUAAAUGGUUCCAGGUAGCUGAAAUGAACACACGUAGGCGACAUGUUGGAGUUUGUUCUGUCAAUGGCUUGCUGUAUGCAGUAGGAGGCCAUGAUGGUAGUGAGCACCUCAAUACAGGUGAAGUCUUCAAUCCAAAGACCAACAAGUGGCGUCCCAUUGCUCCAAUGGGUACUCUCAGGAGGGGUUUGGCUCUGGCAAGUUUGGGGGGACCUGUUUAUGCAGUAGGUGGUUUGGAUGACACUACCUGCUUCAACACUGUAGAACGUUAUGAUCCCACCACAGACAGCUGGACAUUUGUAGCAGCAAUGCUCACACCUAGAGGAGGUGUUGGCUUGACCGCUUUGAAGGGUCAUCUGUAUGCUGUUGGGGGCAAUGAUGGCACCAGCUCAUUGGAUAAGUGCGAGUCCUAUGAUCCUUUUCUCAACAAGUGGAGUCCCAUUGCUUCCAUGCACAAACGUCGGGCUGGUGCAGGUUGUUCGGUGAUGGAUGGCUUUAUCUAUGUUGUAGGUGGAUUUGAUGACAACUCACCAUUAGACUCAGUGGAGUGCUACAGUCCACUGACCAAUCAAUGGACUCUGAUGGCCAGCAUGGGUACUUGCCGGGGUGGAGUUGGCCUAGGUACUUUAGGUGGUCGUCUGUAUGCUGUUGGAGGUCAUGACAGUCACAAUUACCUUAACACAGUGGAGGCCUAUGAUCCAGACACAAAAAGGUGGGAGGCAGUCAAGAGUGUACAACAGUUCAGAGCCGGUGCCGGGGUUGCUUACUGCAACUGUCUUGUACGCUUUCUAAAACAAAGAUUUUCACAAAGUAAUGCUGAGCACCUGCAAUGUGUCUAACACAGCUUGGGAACUGUAAAAACACAAAUUUGCUAUGUGAUCAAUAUUGCUCAGAAGGGUAAUACCUACUGUAAAGUUUAAAAAAAAAACCUUUGCUGCUUGAAGAAUGUUGUGGCAUUUUGUUUGCCUUUCCUGGUCAUUUGCUAUGAUUAAAUUGCCAUUUUGAUAUUUCAGCCAUUAUAGUCUUAUGAGCCAGAGAACAAUAUACAAAAGUGAUAGCUUU